GCCCGCGAUCAUGAAUGACAAAAACAAUAUGGCGGCUGUGACGAAAAAGAAAAAGUACAGCAAAAAGUCAAAGAAAAACUGGCGUAAACAUACUGAUAUCAAAGAUGUAGAAGAUUUUCUUGAUGAUUUAAGACAAGAAGAACGCACAGGUGGCCCUGUUGAAGAUAAACCCGAUAGCAGUUUAUUCUUUGUCGAUACGUCACAAAAAUCUGCAGUCACUGAUAAUUCAAUCCCAAAGAAAUCAAGAAAACGGAAAAUACUCAAACAAGAUGAGUUGCUUUUACCCGAUACAAGAAUUAAACCAGUCGGAAGCAAGAAAGUCAAGCAAAAUAAGAAAAACAAAAAUUCAGCCAAGAGUGAUUCGUCUAGUGAAUCUGAAGAUGAAAAACCUAAAAACAACAAUUAYAUAGCAUCAGAAAAACCUAGACAAAAAAAAGUGCCUAAAACAAACUUUGAUCUUUGGGCAACUGAAGAUAAACAAGUUGGUGAUGAGCACUAUCUAAGGGUCACAAGAAAGAGUAAAAUAAAGAUACCUAAAACAGCAAAGCGUAAAGUCACUGAUCUUCCUGCCGUCGAGGUUUGUGCAGCUGGUGCUUCAUACAAUCCCACAUACGAAGAGCAUCAGGAAUUGCUUCAAAAGGCACAUKACAAAGAAGCGCAAAAAGUGAAAGAGAUUGAAAAGCUKAACAGAAAAGUACAGUGGCUAAGUAAAGAAGAUGCAGCAAAUCUUCCAACCUGGGAAGAAGAGAUGAGCCAAGGUCUUUUUGAUGAUGAAAAAGAAGAAAAUGAAAAGAACAGCAGUGAUGAAGAGCAAAUAGAAGAUUAUGUGAAAUCUGUUCAGCCACUCAAUAGAAAAACAAAACAGCAAAAACGAAAAGAAAAGCAAGAAAAGGAACAGCAAAAGGAACAGGACACUGAAAAAGAUUUAAAACUACAAGAAAAUGAAAUAUACAGAAUAAAGACUUUGAAGAAAGAAAUUAUAAUGAAAGAAAAGAAAAUCGAAGAAAAGAGGAAGAAGAAAGAAAAAGUCAAAGAAGCUGAACUGACAAAAACAAAACGACUUGGAAGACAUGCCUUUGAAGAACCAAAUUUAGAAAUUCAAAUCAGCACUGAGAUUACUGGGAAUCUGAGAUCUUUAAAGCCGGAAGGAAAUCUUUUGACAGACCGAUUCAAAAGUUUGCAAAAGAGAAAUAUCGUMGAGAGUCGUAAACCUGUUGUACCUCAUCGAAAAUACGCUCUGAAAGAAUACGACAAACGAUCAUACAAGCAAAAAUGCAUCAAAGAAAUUUAAGAUAACCACUCAGCUCAAGAACAUCGUCUUCGCUGUCUGUAGAGCUUCGGCUUAACGUCGGCUUCACUUUCGGGCUUCCCUCGUCAGGUUUUCGUCCAAAUCCAUACCGAGUCGAGCGACCUACUUCCAAACAUCGAAGUCCCUCUCGGGCCUUUUUAAAAUUAACAAAUUGAGGCUAAGGCAAUCGAACUAUUAUCGAAUUUGCUCUCGGAUAAUCGUUUAUCAAUCUAAUUCGGCAUCAAUCUAAUUCGAGCCUCGUAGGACAUUCGGGCGUCACUCGUUCGACUAUCGACUAUAUUCGGGUGUUUUUACGGUGUUAAAUUAGACGACUAUUAAAAUUCCGGCUCUCACUCCAAAUCCCGAAACGUUUUUAACCAUCUUUUAUGAUUCAUAUACACAUUGAAAGAAAUGGGAAGAUUUAGUUUUUUUCUUUAUUUGUUAGAAUUUCAACAGACUGAAUAUUGGCUAUUAAUUGUGAAAAUCUAUAUUUACAUUGUCCUAUAAAACUAAAAAUAGGAAAUAAAAAUAUUGUAGCUGUAUGUUUGAA